GAUGAGUUCAGUGUGGAUGUGUGUUCUAGAAUCUGUGUCUGUUGUUGGCUCCAAUAAAUGAAUCGCAGCAUAUCUCUGGUCCAGGAAGUAGAUGCUGCCUCUUCUUUAUCCUCAUCUCCAUCCUGCCAUUGACUUCAAUUCCUUGCGUGUGUGUGUUUGUGUGUGGAAGCUCACUCCAGGCCUAUGUGAGUGCGUCGCUGAAACACAGUGUAUGUGAGUGUGUGUCAUCCUCUCCCAGCCCACCAUGUCCCCGUAUCCCUCGACUCUCCAACUGAGUCUGUCUGUGUGCCUCCAUGUCCUCUGUGUGCUGCUGCUCCUCACCGACCUUUCCUGCACACAAGAAGGAAAGGGACAUGUAACCCUGCCCAAGUCCUCAAUCCCAUCCACCGAAACACAAGGUGACAGGGUUGGUGCAUCCAGUCAGAUCUCCAAACUGUCUGUCCCUGUUUCUCUCCCUUCGAUCAACUCUACCUCUCAAGAGAUACACAAUCCAAAAAGUCCACUGAACAAAUCUGUAACAUCGUCCACCCCACCCAACCAACCUGCAGGAGGAAACCAGUCCCUCUCACUCUCACAUUCCAACCAGCAGCCAAGUACACCAAUCCCUCAGCCUCAUUCUCAAGACACAGUUACUAAGUCUGCAACCUCUCUGCCCCAUGCCAACCCCACAAAGGCUUCUAGUGCUGGGACCAACACUAGCACUGGUACCACUACAUCCACAACUACAGUGACCACCCCCAAAACCACUGUACAUGUUACUACUCCAGCCAAAACCACAGCAUCAGCAGCAAAGACCAUACCAUUAUCAGCAACAAUCACACCAUCAACAGCAAAGACCAUACCAUUAGCAGCAACAAUCACACCAUCAGCAGCAGCAGCAACAACCACACCAUUAGCAGCAACAGCAACUCCACUAUCAGCAACAGCAACCACACCAUCAGCAAAAACAGACCCAAAACCAACAACAAAAGGCCCAAAACCAACAGCAAAUACUACAUCUACAACAACUUCUACAACAGCAAAAAAUUCUACAACAACGACAACAAAACCAACAACAGCACCGCGCCUUCCAACAACAGUAAAACCAAUGACCUCACUUACAAGAGAUAACACAACUGUUACUGUUACUACAACUGCAGUUACAGUGACCUCAUCAUCUCCAUCAUCAGCAGCUCCCACACCAAGCAAUGGGAAGCCACCGGUUCAACCCACUACUUCCUUUUCACCCACACGGUCUGCCACCAGCACUAGUACACCCGGCACAAACCAAAAGGAGCCAGAUCCCCCAAGAACGGGGUUCGACGAAGCCGGGGCUGCUCUGACUAAGCAGCUGGUGGAUACGGCAUCUUUACUGGCCGUCCUGCUCUUCGGCCUGCUCUUCUUCCUGGUCACAGUCGCCGUGUUUGCCACACAAGCCUACGAGAGCUACAGGAGGAAGGACUACACUCAGGUGGACUACCUGAUCAACGGCAUGUACACGGACUCGGGGGUCUGACGGAAGGGGCUAAACACAACACACAGAGUGUUUUGGCCCUUGGAGUCAGAGAUUGCAGAAUGGAGGAUGGACUGGAUGUUAAUACGGCGGCUCUGUGAUGUCACAAGUUGCUGCUGUUAGACAGUUUGGGGAGAAGCAGGAAUGAACGGACUAAACUGACCCUAAAACAGUCACUGAUCUGUUUUUGUCUUUACUUAACACUUUGCUCUUUCCUGCUUCUCUUUCUCUGAUGAUUUGAAUAUGAGGAGGUUGGCUUGUCCCUUUUUUUUUUUUGCCAAAUGUUAAGCAGCAUAAAUAGAAGUUACCCAGAUGUAACUCAAGUUCUACAAAGUAUGUGUGUUGCCCUCUAAUGGGCCGAGUCCACCAUAAGACCAUUGGUUUCAGGGUGGCUGGACCAAUCAGGAUUCUUCCAAGGUGAUAGAAAGCAGGUGUGGUCAACUGAGGCUUAACUUCCUGAGGAGCCUUUUUUUCCUUUUUGUAAUUUUUGGCUGAAAAGUUUAAAAAUCUGUCAAGUAGACAAGUGUUAUAGUCUCUUCGCAGAUGAAUAUAGUCACACAGAAAUCUACUGCUUAUUAAGGACCAAAGUUUGUGAAUUGAUGUGAUGUGACUGUAAACAGACCAGUAAAUGACUGAUACGCAAAAAAUUCAAGAACAUAAAAAAACUAUAAUUGGGCAGCAAUUUCUUAGUCGAGCAGCACCCUAAACUGAUUAGCUGUCUUUUAAGUAACAC